UCGCUCUUGUUCGCGAUGUUUCGCGACGGCGCGCGCGGCGCUUGGCGGCAGCGCGGGAAGCAGGGAGGGAUGGCGAUGGCGACGGCGAGGGCGCUGCCCGCCUCGCCCAACUGGUACUGCAGCCGCUGCAGCGACGCCAGCAGCGACGGCCGCUUCUUCGGCUUCGCGGCCAGGAGCCGCGUCUGCUUGCUGGACGUGAGCGCCGCUGCGCCCGCCUUCCGCGGAGAGCUCAUCGGGCACACAGAAAGGGUCUCUGGGUUCACGUUUUGCCACUGUCCUGGGCAAAGCAGCCUCUGUGCCAGCAGUGCUGACGAUGGGAGCGUCAGGAUCUGGGAUGCAGCAGAACUGGCGCUGGUGGCAGAGCACAGCCUACACCAGAACACGAUCUCAGCAUUGCACUGGUCACCACUUGUGAAAGAUCUGAUUAUAUCCGGUGAUGAAAAAGGUGUCGUCGUUUGUUACUGGCACAACAGAAGCGACAGCCAGCAGUUCCUUCCAGAGCCUCGGACAAUCUUUUGUCUCACUUGUUCUCCUCAUCAUGAAAACCUGGUGGCAAUUGGCUACAAGGAUGGCAUGGUUGUUGUAAUUGAUAUCAGCAGGAAAAAAGAAGUAAUUCAUCGGCUAAGAGGCCAUGACGAUGAAAUACAUUCUCUGGCGUGGUGCCCUGUGCCUGGAGAAGAAAGGUUACCUGCUUGGCAAGAUGAGCUCCAGGUUUCUUCAGAGGAAGGUAAAGUUCCAAAUGGGGAGCUGAAACAAGACACAGCCACGAAGAAGGGUUGUUAUCUGGCUUCAGGAAGCAAAGAUCAGACCAUACGAAUAUGGAGCUGCACUAGAGGCAGAAGUGUAACGACUUUGAAGCUGCCACCCAUGAAGAGAAGAGGGGGAGCUGUUGAUCCCGCUGUUAAAGAGCGCAUUUGGUUGACUGUUCACUGGCCUUCUGGUCAUUCCACAGAAAUUGUAUCCAGCUCUUUUGGAGGAGAACUGCUGCUCUGGGAUUUGACCCAAUCUGGGAAACGCAAGUGGACGCUUCUAGGAUCUUCAGAAGGACAAAAUCACUCACGUAUUGUGUUCAAUCUGAGUUCUGUGACACGUCAAGACAAAGAGCUCCUGUUUUCUAUUUCAAUGGACAGAGAUGUGAAGUGCUGGGACCUGUCAACUCUCGAGUGCAGCUGGACCAUGCCUUCGCUUGGGGGAUUUGUCUAUAGUCUUGCCUUCUCCCCUGUGGACACAGGCUGUCUUGCUGUAGGUGUUGGAGACAGCAUGAUCCGGGUGUGGAAUACUUUGUCCAUGAACAAUAUUUAUGAUGUUAAAACCUUCUGGCAAAGCAUAAAGUCCAAGGUUACAGCAUUGGCCUGGCAUCCAGCCAAGGAAGGCUGCUUGGCUUUUGGAACAGAUGAUGGAAAAGUUGGUAUAUUUGACACCUUCUCCAGCAGCACUAAGAACAAGCCACCUCAGAUCUCCAGUACUUACCACAAGAAGACUGUAUACACAUUAGCUUGGGGGCCUCCAACUCCUCCUCUGUUUUCUGGAGAAGGUGAACAGCCCUCUGUAACUUUAUAUAGUUGCGCUGGAGAAGGUAUUGUUUUUCAACACAACCCCUGGAAACUCAAUGGGGAGGCAAAUGACAUCAACAAAAUCAUCCAAGACACUAAUUCAAUCAAACACAAACUCCCUGCACGUACAGAGAUCAGCUGGAAACCAGACGGCAAACUCUUGGCUCUUGGCAAUGAAGAUGGCUCAAUCGAAAUAUUUCAGGCACCAAACUUGAAGUUGCUCUGCACUAUCCAGCAGCAUCAUAAGCUGAUUAAUGCUAUUCGUUGGCAUCACGAGCACGGGAGCCAGCCAGAGCUGAGUUAUUUGAUAGCUUCAGGCUCAAUCAACGCCACUAUUUAUGUGCAUAAUCUCAAGAGCGUCGUAGAGAGCACUUCAGAAAGUCCUCUGACAAUAACAGAGCCUUUUCGAACUCUGGCUGGGCACACAGCUAAGAUUACAAGCCUUUCUUGGAGCCCCCACCAUGAGGGAAGAUUGGUAUCCGCUUGCUAUGAUGGCACUGCACAGGUAUGGGACAUCAUGAAGGAAGAGCCACUCUACAACUACCGAGGGCACCAUGGCCGGCUACUGAGUGUCCAGUGGUCGCCAGUGGAUCCAGAUGCUGUUUAUACAGGAGCAGAUGAUUUUUCUGUUCACAAAUGGCAUAUCUCGAAGCAGGAGCAUACACGGCCUCCUCACGGCAGAAAGAGUAUAGAAUUAGAGAAAAAAAGAAGUAUGCAACCAAAAGUCAAAGCCAAGAAGAAGAAAAAGCCUAUAGGAAAGAGUCAAGGCAACCAGGAUUCAAGUAAUGCCAUGAAUGGAGAUGAAAGCACAAAGGAAACGUUGCUAGAGGAAAAUGGAGUGUCAGACCUUGAAGGAGAGAAAGAAGCUCAAGAGGCGGAGUUGCCUGAUAAAGUCUCCGUGACUGUGUCCAAGGAUGCAUCUUCAUCUGCAAAUGAUUAUUCCUCAUUUGGCUUGCCAAAGCCUUUUGUGACCCAGAAAGCUGCUUCUGUGGAAAAGGAUCCACCUAAAGAGAAACCAACUUCUGAUGCUACUCUGAAGAAGAGGAAGCCUCGUUCUAUUCUACCCCUUAGCACAUUCAUGGAUCACAGAUCAAAAGAUGAAUUGCAUCAGGACUGCUUGACACUGGCUACGUGUCUAAAAACCAAAGAUAAUAAUGAAGAUAUGUCCCCUGACCUCAAGGAUUGCAUCCACUUGGGGCUGUUCGCAGACAGAGCUUCUGUGCACAAGAUGAUUGAUGUGGAAGGAAAACAUCACUUGGAGAAUGGGCAUCCAGAGCUCUUUCAGCAGCUCGUGUUGUGGAAGGGAGAUAUGAAGGGGGUCCUCCAGGCAGCUGCUGAGAGGGGAGAGCUAACAGACCAGCUGGUAGCAAUCUCGCCCAUGGUUGGAUAUCAGGCCUGGGUUUGGACAGUAGAAGCUUUUGUGAAGCAGCUGUGUUUUCAGGAGCAAUAUGUGAAGGCUGCCUCCCAUCUUCUGUCCAUCCAUAAAGUGUAUGAGGCUGUCGAGCUCCUGAAAGUGAACCAUUUUUACAGGGAAGCAAUUGUAAUUGCUAAGGCCAGGUUGCGUCCAGAAGAUCCAAUUCUGAAGGAUCUCUACACCAGCUGGGCAGCUUUGUUAGAGAAAGAUGGUCAUUAUUCCAUGGCUGCCAAAUGUUAUUUGGGGGCUUCCUCACCCUAUGAUGCAGUUAAGGUGUUGGCAAAAAAGGGAGAUGUGACAUCCCUUAAAACUGCUGCUGAGCUGGCACUGAUAUCUGGAGAGGAGGAGUUGUCAGCAACUUUGUCUUUCAGAUGUGCCCAAGACCUGCUGAUGUCCAGGAAUUGGGUGGAAGCUCAGGAAGUCCUUCAGCGACACAAAACUCUGUUUGGACAAAGACUUGUUUUCUGCCUUAACGAACUGCUUUGCAAGUGCCUUAGUGAAAGAAAACCCUGCAACCGAAAGAGGCCUGUGCCUCCCUGUUAUCACAGCUGGACGGUGAACAGAAAGGCCUCAUUUUUUGACAUGGUGGUAGAAGUGUGGCAGAGCGUAAUGGGAGUGGACACCACUGAAAAAGCCACAUGUGCAAAGGAGCAGCUACGCAGUAUUGAGCAUCCUCCUUCUACCAGCAACACACGCCCAAAGCAGGUGCUCUUCCAUCUCUCUCAUGACCUGACCCUUGCAGCCCUGGACUAUCAGACUGCUACUUGGGAUGAGGCAGUGAAAAGUAUUCUUGGAGCUGUGACUCGCUGUUACGAUGCUGGUAAUUUCUUUCUGAUGCAGGAGAUUCGCAGCAUCAUCCUUCCUGAAGGCUGUGAUAAGCUGAGACACAAACUGGACAGCACAAAUUCUCAGAGCAUGGAUGCUUGCAGAAGUUUAGAGGCCUUUGUGGUUUAUGGGCUGCUGUAUGAACUAUGGUGGAACCUGCCCAAAGACUCCCUCGCCUUGCAAAAGGCUGGUUUGGAUCCUGUGCUGUGUUCCAGUGAACAGAAAGCUCUUGAGAAGAGUGAUGUUUCAGGUCAGUCCUCUGAAGAAACUGCUGACCAAACUGCAGUUGAGAUGGAUGAAAACCUCUGCAGUACAACUGAAGUUCCUAAGUGUGAGACAGAAGGUGACUCAAGAAUUAGCUCAGUUGAUUUGGCAGACAGGCAGUCAAAACUGAAUGGCUGCAAAGUGCUUCUUUCAGAAGAGAUUGCUGCUUUACAGAACACGCAGAGAGAUAUAGCUGAGGUCCAGCAGAUUUUAGCAGAUAUGAUCCGCCGGCAUCAGCAGCAGAGGAACAAUCUCCAGGAAAACACAAAUGGAAGCACCCAGGAAAGCAACAUGCAGCAGAACUCAGAAACUGAGUCAGACAAGCCAUGCUCUGACAGCACCCAGAUGAAUUGUAAACAUGAAGUAAAGGAACCCAUUACACUCCCUGAGCUAACGCAGCAGCUUCUAAAAGCAAAGCAGAAACUAGCAGAAUUUCCAGACAAUUUAAAGGUCUUCCCCUUCCCUGAUGUGCUAGAGUGCUGCCUUGUACUCCUUCACAUUGGAUCCCUGUGCCCUCCAGAACUACACAAACAGGCAUUGGAUCUCCUUAGGAAACAUGGUAGCUCUAAUAUUUAUGAAAAGGCUGGCAGGAGAUUCUUGACAUGAUAUUUUAGCCAUCUCCCAGCUACCUAACACCAAGGCUGUUCUUUCUUCAAGUGGAGGCUUGUUUUGAUGGCCAUGGUUACUGAAGACUACUGUUCUGCAUAAAACGACAAAAAAACAGGUUCAUACAUGACUCACUUCUGGGCAUCAAGCACUGCUACUAAAAGAGAGUGUGUUACAAGAUUGGAAAGCAGGAGCGUCUGGCCUUGAACUGUAUGCAGUACUGUUUGUAUAGUUGUUUAUUAUUUGUUGGAAGUUAUGCUGGUAAAAACUCUUCAAAUUCUCAUGUAAGAGAAACUGUUUUGAGAGGCUGUAUUUGUUUACCAGCAGGAGAGGAAUAGUAGCUGCCUGUAGGAAAAAAAAACGGUUUCUGUAAGUAGACUGAUCCCCAAGGCACUCUUGUUCUUCAACUCACAGUGCUUUUACCUUCCCUUCUUUAAAUAAAGUCUUCUAUCACCAGGAACUGGUAUUUAAUUUGGAGGAUAGCAGUCAG